UUUUCUUCCCCUCCCUCCUUUUGUAUUUUAAUUCCCUCUUCUUUCUCUCUCUCUCUCUCUCUCUCUUUUCUCUUUCCUUUCCAUCACCCCAUCUUUUCCUUUUGUGUCUUGUGUUGACCUUUUUCCUUUUUGUUCUUUUCUUGUGAUACCCUGGUGAGCUGCCUGUCUUUGUGCAGACAGCUCUCAUUUAGUCCCUGUGAAAAGGAGCCUCGAUCGUCGAGGGUUUGGGACAAAUAUUUCGUUGUUUUUUUUUUUCCUAUAGAAAAGUUGUGUGUACAUUUAUCCAACAUGGAUCAGCAGAGAUUCCUGCAGCAGCUGCAGAUCGUGCUAAACCCCGCCCAGGGAAAUGUUAAGGAAGCAACGGGGAUCCUCCAGCGCGAAUUCUAUAACAAGCCGGACUCGCUCGUCCUUCUCAUCCAGAUUGCCACCGGCCAUGAGGAUUCCAACCUGAGGCAACUGGCCGCUGUGGAGGCUCGCUCCUUGGUGAACAAGCACUGGGUCACCGUGCAGGCCGGCCAGAAGCCCCAGAUCCGUGAGCAAUUACUGCGUGCCACACUCGGCGAAGGCUCUUCCCUCGUCCGUCACUCGAUCGCUCGUGUCAUCUCGGCUAUUGCUAAGGUUGACCUGAACGAUGGCGAGUGGGCUGAGCUCCCGAAUUUCUUGAUCCAGGCCGGCAGCACCGGAAACAAGGAUGAGCGUUCCGUUGCGAUCUACAUCCUGUUCACGAUCCUGGAAACACUGGGUGAGGGAUUCGAGGAGAAGUUCCAGGAUCUGUUCAACCUAUUCGGCAAGACUAUCGCUGACCCGGAGAGUGAGGAGGUCCGUACCAACACCCUCCUCGCGCUCGGCCGACUUGCUAUGCAUCUUGACUCUGAGGAGGAUGUGGGUCCUGUGAAGGCUUUCCAGGGUCUCAUCCCCGCCAUGGUCGCCGUGCUCAAGGACUCGAUCGAUCAGAAGCAGGAGGAUCGUGUCAUGCAAGCCUUCGAAGUCUUCCAGACUCUCUUGGGCUGCGAUCCGGCUCUCUUAACUGUUCACCUUAAGGACCUCGUCGUCUUCAUGAACGAAAUCUCCGCCAACACCGAGGUUGACGAAGACACCCGUACUCAGGCCAUCAGCUUCUUGAUGCAGUGCGUCCAGUACCGUAAGCUUAAGGUUCAGGCUAUGCGGGUCGGUGAGCAGCUUACUCGUACUGCCCUGCAUAUCGUCACCGAGCUUGGAGAUACCUCCGCUCUUGAUGAUGAUAUUACGCCUGCGCGGUCCGCACUUGGUCUGCUUGAUAUGCUGGCUCAGAGCUUGCCUCCUAGCCAAGUUGUUGUUCCUCUCUUGCACUCUCUUGGACAGUAUUUCAACAACAGCAACCCUGACUACCGUCGUGCCGGUAUCAUGGCUUUGGGCAUGUGUGUUGAAGGCGCCCCCGACUUUAUCAGCACCCAGAUGAAGGAGAUCUUCCCCAUGGUCCUGCAGCUACUGGGUGACCCCGAGCCCAAGGUUCGUCAGGCCUCGUUGCACGCCGUCGCCCGUCUGGCUGAUGACCUUGCCGAGGAUCUAAGCCAGGAACAUGAAAGACUCAUGCCCCUGCUGUUCCAGAACCUAGCCAGUGCCAUGCAGGAGUACAAGGGAGAGGAGGAUGGUCCCACCAUCGAUAUCAUGAAGGCCGGAAUCAGUGCCAUCGACGCCGUGGUGGACGGCCUCGAUGAGAAGGAUGUCGCUCCCUACCAGACUGAAUUGGUUCCCAUCCUGCACAAGCUGUUCAAGCAUCCCGAUUUCAGAAUCAAGGGCCUAGCUGCUGGCGCUCUUGGCUCCCUUGCCUCUUCGGCCGGUGACUCCUUCCUGCAAUUCUUCGAUGAGUCCAUGCACCUGCUCCAGGAGUUCGCCACCGUCAAGGACAGUGAAGAGGAACUCGACUUGCGGGCCAGCGUGACUGAUGCAAUGGGCGAGAUGGCCGCCUCCGCCGGUCCUGAGCGGUACCAGCCCUACGUGGAGCCCCUCAUGCGCGCCACCGAGGAGGCUCUGCACCUCGGUCACUCCCGUCUCAAGGAGAGCACCUAUAUCUUCUGGGGUGCUAUGUCCAAGGUGUACGCCGAGCACUUCUCUCCCUUCCUUGACGGUGUUGUCAAGGGCCUCUUCGCUUGCAUCGAUCAGGAUGAGACCGAUCUCGAGGUCUCUUUCGGCGAGGCUGCCAAGGAUUUGAUUGGCCAGGAGGUGACCGUUGGCGGCCGCAAGGUCAAGGUUGCCAGUGCUGAUGAUGAUGAACCUGUUGGUGAGGACGGUGAGAUCGAAGACGUUGACGUUGACGACGAAGAUGGCUGGGAUGAUAUCACUGCCACCACCCCCUUGUCUCUGGAGAAAGAGAUUGCCGUCGAAGUCAUUGGUGAUCUUGUCACCCAUACUAAGUCCGCCUACCUGCCCUACUUUGAGAAGACCAUCGAGACGGUCCUUCCUCUGGCGGAACAUCCCUAUGAGGGUGUUCGCAAGAGCACUAUCAGCACUCUCCACCGUUCGUACGCAAUGCUUUUCGCCAUCGCGGAAGAGAAUGGUCAGAUGGCUAAGUGGAAGCCCGGCCUCCCUCUGCAGGUCGAGCCUGCCAAGGAGGUCAAGAAGUUCGGUGAAAUCCUGAUGACCUGCACCGUUAGAAUGUGGACUGAGGAAGAUGAUCGGGCUACCGUCGCCGACAUCAACCGCAACAUGGCUGAGAACCUUCGCUACUGCGGCCCUGCUCUCAUUGCCAAUGAGACCAUGCUUCACAAUGUUAUCACGAUGAUUACUGAUAUCAUUACCAAGAAGCACCCCUGCCAGCUCGAGUUUGGACCCGAUGACGAGUCCCUCGACGCCGGCGAGGAGACUUCGGAGUUCGACUGGGUCGUUGUUGACACCGGUCUCGAUGUUGUCUCUGGUCUUGCCGCCGCCCUUGGUGAGAGCUUUGCUGAGCUCUGGAAGGUCUUCGAGAAGACCAUCCUCCGUUACGCUGGCAGCACCGAGUCCCUCGAGCGUGCUACCGCUGUCGGUGUUCUCGCUGAGUGCAUCAACGGCAUGGGCCCUGCUGUCACUCAGUUCACUUCUGCCUUCAUGAAGCUGCUCGUUCACCGCCUUGGUGAUGAGGAUCCCCAGACUCGUUCCAACGCUGCUUACGCCGUUGGCCGUCUUGUCGAGCACUCGAAUGCUACCGCUGAGGUUGUGAAGGAGUUCCCCACUAUCCUCAGCCGCCUUGAGGCUUGCUUGCACAUGGACGUCUCUCGUCUCCAGGACAAUGCCACCGGUUGCCUUAGCCGUAUGAUCCUCAAGCACCGUGACAGCGUCCCUCUCAAGGAUGUCCUGCCUGCCCUUGUCAAGCUCCUCCCCUUGAAGAACGAUUACGAGGAGAACGACCCCUUGUUCCGCAUGAUUUGCCAGCUGUACAAGUGGGAAGACCCUACCAUUCGGGAGCUGACCCCUCAAUUCCUGCCAAUCUUCCAGUCUGUCCUCUGCGGUGAUGAGGAUCAGCUUGAGGAAGAGCGCCGCGCUGAGCUCAUUGAGCUCGUCAAGUGGCUGAACCAGAUGCAGCCCGGCGCUGCCCCUUGGGCUGAACAGCUCUAAAUUCCCACCAGUUAUGACGGCUUGACGACUCAAACACUUAUUUUUAAUGGAUAGACUGGUUUCCUCAAAAGGUUUUUUGGUUGACUGAUAGAAGAUACCCCUCCGGAGCGCAUCAGGAUCGGCCCUGUACAUGCGUGAUGAUGUGACGAAGACGGAUAGAAAAGUCAUGUAUUCGUUUACGCAAUGAUUUAUGAAUUUAGAAUGUUGUAAAUACUUCGAUGUUUAUGCCGCACAUGGAUUCAUC